GAUCGAUUUAAUCGAUUUGGUCGGGUUACGGGCACAGCUCCUUCCUAUGUUUGGAAUCGUGUCACUGGAAGUGCAGUGGGCGAUGAUCAGUGCCAAAAUCGCAGCGGAAUGUGAGGACAUCGCUGCCAGCAGCGCACUGUAAACACCCACCCCUUACUUAGCCUCAAAAAGUGGACUAUACUAUACUAUUCAUCAAACCUUUACAUUGACCCCUCACCACCUGCAAAAGCCACCCGAUUAUCAUUCAUCCCUUAAUAAUUUAAUAAUUCAUUAUAAUACUAUUCGUCUUCGUAAUGUUAUCAGUUACUAAAAUCAUGGCGAAUUCUUUGUCAAUAAAGCACGGCCUUUCACUCUGGUGCCCUCAAUCUGUUUCUGCCAAUCGUGUUUCUCGCCCCAAUUGUUUCGCCCCUUUGCCAACCACUCGGAGAAGCUAUGUUGUAGCUUCGGCCUCUUUUGCCAAUGAGAAUCGCGAAUUUGUCAUUGUUGGAGGUGGAAAUGCGGCUGGAUACGCCGCCAGGUCUUUCGUGGAGCAUGGAAUGGCUAAUGGGAAACUCUGUAUUGUUUCUAAAGAAGCAGUUGCACCCUAUGAAAGACCGGCAUUGACAAAAGCUUAUCUCUUUCCUCAUGACAAAAAGCCAGCACGUUUACCUGGUUUUCAUACUUGUGUUGGUGGAGGCGGGGAACGACAGACUCCUGAUUGGUAUAAAGACCAAGGCAUAGAGAUGUUGUAUCAAGAUCCGGUGACAGGUAUCGAUAUUGAAAAGCAAACUUUGACGACAAACUCUGGAAAAAUUCUGAAGUACGGCUCCCUGAUAAUUAGUACUGGAUGUACAGCCUCAAGAUUCCCAGAGAAGAUUGGAGGAAAUUUGGCUGGGGUUCACUAUAUCCGUGAUGUUUCUGAUGCCGAUUCCCUGAUUUCUUCACUGGAAAAGUCACAAAAGGUGGUUGUAGUUGGUGGUGGUUAUAUUGGUAUGGAAGUUGCAGCUGCUGCCGUGGCCUGGAAACUCGAUACCACAGUUGUAUUUCCAGAAAGUCAUCUUUUGCCAAGGUUAUUUACUCCUUCACUUGCCGGAAGAUAUGAAGAACUCUUUGAGAAAAAUGGCGUCAAAUUUGUCAAGGGUGCUUCCAUAAAAACUUUAGAAGCAGGUAUUGAUGGACAAGUUACUGCUGUUAAGCUUGAAGAUGGUUCUUUGAUAGAAGCAGACACGGUUGUUAUUGGUAUUGGAGCAAAACCUGCUGUCAGUCCCUUUGAAAGCGUUGGCUUAAAUAGCACUGUUGGUGGAAUACAGGUUGAUGGUCAGUUCCGAACAAGUGUACCCGGUAUAUUUGCUAUUGGUGAUGUAGCAGCCUUCCCACUUAAGAUAUAUGACCGCGUUGCCCGGGUUGAACAUGUUGAUCAUGCUCGCCGAUCGGCACAACACUGCAUAAAUUCAUUAUUAAGUGCGCAGACUCACAACUACGACUAUCUUCCAUAUUUUUACUCGAGAGUUUUUGAGUAUGAAGGGAGCUCUAGGAAAGUAUGGUGGCAGUUCUUUGGUGACAACGUUGGAGAGGCUAUUGAGGUUGGAAACUUUAAUCCAAAGAUAGCAACUUUCUGGAUAGACUCUGGUAAACUUAAAGGGGUUCUUCUCGAAAGCGGAAGCCCUGAGGAAUUUCAACUCCUUCCUAAACUGGCGAGAAACCAGCCUAUUGUUGACAAAGCUAAGCUUCAAAAUGCAUCUUCCGUUGAGGAGGCACUAGAGAUUGCUCGUGCUGCCUUACUGGUGGAAGCUUAGUUCCCAUCCACGACUGUGCUUUCUGCACAGGCCAACAGUUAGAUGAUACAGGCGGUACUACAAUAAUGCUUUUUCAUAUAGAUCUAUCUUCAUAUAGUGUCUUUAGAUGAAUAAUCUUUUUUAAAGAAAUAAAUAUUCACAUAUUUUUGCUGAGCAUUUAGUUCUUGUAGCAGCACUCCAGCAUAUAUUUAUUUGAAGAGAGAAUAUAUAAUUUGAGAAGCAUGUACCCCUAGAGUGAUCAAGGUUGUCAAUGAAAUGAAAUAUCUGGUUUGGUGAAUAAA